UACAUUCAACGGAUCAGUCAACUUAUUCCAGUCUUUCAACGUAUCUCCAACGUACCGGUCAACGUAAUUCUAUAAUUUCGCCUUUAUCAACGUCUCUCAACUACAAUUAGAAUAUCAGCGAUCCAGGAUUUCACACGGGUGAAACCCAACGAACUUUGGGAAACUUGUAUAGUUUUUUACAAUUAGUGACAAUAAACAUACGAAGUUUUUAUAACUUAGUGUCGUGUGUCUUCAAUAGCAUCUCACUACACCAAUCCCAAUUUUUCCGACGCCCGACCACUCAAAACAACGUUCCUCAACUAAACAUUGGUCCUUCGAGCCGGAUGGUGCGGUAAAAAACAGUGAAAAAUUGUGAAAGUGCAGUGAAAUUUCAACGGAAACCCAAAAAGGACGCCAAGUCCUAUAGUGAAAUCAACGACCCGUGGAAUAUUCUGGAACAUUCCAACGAUAAUCCAACGAGAACAAUAAGUGUUUAUUGCCCUUGACCCUUUGUAUUCAGUGUUUACAUUCCAUCGGGUCUCAAAUUUCCCUGACCGCGCGUGCGACAAUUCGGGAAUGCUCGGCCCACUUCGCUCAACUUCGUCAGUAGUCCCCCACUUACUGGGACUGUGCUCAACGAGUGAGGUCGCACCCCACUCAACGUCAACUCAACGGUCGGUAAAACUCAACGGUCGGUAACGUAGCUAUAUUAGUUACCAACAUAGCAGAUGAUGGAGAGUAUGAGUCAACCCAACAUAUCGAAACCAACGUCGAGAUCAACCCAGUACCUCCAAUCAUCGUCAACCCUCUAGAGACCCAAGCUCCAACCACACAGGAGCAUGAAGAUUGGACAAAUGUUGUAGAAACUUUUCCGGCAAUCAACACCUCAACAAUUAAAACGAGGAAGUCCGAAAUUGCAACGAUGCCGUCAACUAUAAGCACACCAACGCAGCUCUCAACAGGAACCGCCAACCAACUAGAGUUUCUACAGGACAGAAUUCUAGAAUUCAACGCAAUCGACGAAGAACUGAGGGAAUUAAGGCCAUGAUCAACAACGCUCAUAGUGCUCGUGAGACGGUGGACCACCUGAUAAGCACCGCCAGGAUUCCGAAAGAAGAUUUGGGCGAGCAAUUCGUCUUUCACUUGCUCAAACGUUCCAUGGAGGCUGACACACGCACCACAUGGGAACAGAAGCUGGGAACAUCAACGAAUUUCAUACCUCUGCAGGAGUUAGUCAACUUCCUGGAGUCAACAGCAAGAAGCAUGACUCCAGAUGAUCAACACGAACCAACGGUUCAUCAACGGCCAAAAGAGAAAAUUCAACGUGGAAAAUCACCACCUCGAGCACGCGUUUAUCAUGCCGCCGAAGCAACAGCUCAACGAAAGGAGCCUCAACAUAUUAAGCCUGCUGAUUGCUGUGCGUAUUGCAACGCCAAGCAUUUCAUUGGAAAGUGCCCAUCAUUUCUCAGCCUCUCAGCGCAGAAAAAACUAGCGUUUCUGGCAACAACUCGACUAUGUUAUAACUGCUUCGGUACACACCUGGUGACGAAAUGCAAGUGCACCAAAUCUUGCAUGAAAUGUCAACACAGGCACCACACGCUGUUGCACAUGGACCCAAAGGACAGAGAGAGGACAUCGACAAUCAACAGCGGUCCAGAGCAACCAUCAACGAGUGCGGAAUCAGGUCGUUCAACAUCAACACAAUCAACUAAAGUCAACGAGAAAUCAACAGCUUCAACGACUAGCCAGGGGAUUUACGCCCCCCUGAGUCAAGUCGAAGAAUCGACUCAACGGAAUUCGGUCAACGCAGAGGACGCUAAGUUCUCCCACAAAUCAACGGAUCAACGACUAGUGCUCUUGGCUACAGCUAAAGCUAGGGCAUUCUCCAAAAGCGGAUUCUACACGAUCGCCAGAAUCCUCAUCGACCAAGGCUCAGAGCUUUCAUUUAUUUCGGAAAGCCUGGUUCAUCAGCUUCAACUACAACGACGACAUUCAACGAUUGAACUCAUCGGAAUUGGUGGAAAACACGCAUGUUCAACGAGAGGGAUUGUGGCAAUCACGCUCCAAUCAACGAAACAGCCAUUUCAACAGGUUGAGAUCAACGCCCACAUCCUGCAAAAGCUAACCUCACGGUUACCAACGUUCUCAUGCUCAUCUGCAUCAAUCGGAUCACUGCAGCAGCUUCAACUGGCAGAUGAGAGCUAUUCAACACCUGGACCUAUCAACAUAAUAAUCGGAGCUGACAACUACGGGAAAAUCAUCGGCAACGGGAUUGAAAAAUCCAACCAUGAUCAAUUAGUUGGCCAACUAACAACAUUCGGAUGGAUCUUAUCCGGUCCAUUAUGCAACACAACGUCUUCAACGAGGACCUCCUUAUCCGCGGCAAGGGGAUCUUCCAACGAACAAUUAACGGAGCUUCUACAAAGAUUCUGGGUCCAGGAAGAACCACCAAUCUCAACAAAUCCAACCAACGAGCUCACACCAGACGAAUUAGAGUGUGAAGAACACUUUCAACGCACUCAUCAACGAGACACGUCUGGGCGCUACAUUGUGCGAUUGCCACUUCGCACAUCAACAGCAGCGCUCGGAGAAUCGAGGAAUAAAGCGCUUCGUCAGCUCCAGUCGGUGAAACGAAGACUAAACGCUAAUCCUGACUACAGCAAACUCUACUAUGACUUUAUCAACGAAUACGAAGCACUUGAUCACAUGCGACGUAUACAACAAAUAUCAGAACCAGCAACAAACUACUACCUGCCACAUCAUGGGGUUCUGAGGGAAGAUUCACUAACUACGAAGCUUCGAGUAGUCUUCAACGGCUCCAACAAGACAUCAACGGGUAUCUCACUCAACGACAUCCUCCACGCGGGCGGAAAGCUUCAAGUGGAUGCAAUGGAUGUACUAACAUGGUUGAGACGACAUCGACUCGUCUUCGGCACCGACAUCGUUAAGAUGUUUCGACAAAUCAACGUACACCCUGACGAUUGGAAUCUUCAACGCAUUCUUUGGAUAGACGAAAAUCAACAACUUGUGACAUACCAACUAACAACGGUCACAUAUGGACAGAAAUGCUCUCCAUGGCUCUCUUUGAGAGUUCUUCAACAACUCGUCAACGAUGAAGGUCAACGAUUCCCUGCAGCAGUGCUACCGCUAACUAAAGGCCGUUAUGUCGACGACAUUUACGGUGGAGCGGACUCUGAGGGAGAAUUCAAAGAAAUGAUAAUUCAACUUCAACAGAUCUGCCAGGCGGGCGGAUUUCCACUUCAAAAGUGGACCAGUAAUCGCCCAGAGAUACUCCAACAGCUCAACUUGUCAACGGGACCGGCAGGUACAGUGCAAUUCGAGGAAGCAGUCAUCAAAACGCUCGGAUUGUGCUGGCAUCCAGCAACAGAUUUAUUUCAAUAUAAAUCUAGAACAUUCAACUCAACGAGCUUCACCAAGAGGGUACUGCUAUCGGAAAUAGCUCAAAUUUUCGAUCCUCUUGGAUUCAUCGCACCAGUCAUUGUUCGAGGAAAAAUACUCAUCCAAGAACUAUGGCUGCUUAAACUCGCUUGGGAUGAUCAACUUCCACUCGACUAUGUUCGAAGGUGGAAAGAGUUCAGGGAGGAACUCACGCAACUAAAUCAACUGUCCAUCCCAAGAUGGCUGAAUCUAUCUCCAACGACUACCAACGUACAAAUACAUGGAUUUGCCGACGCAUCAACAGCUGCCAUGGGAGCAGUCGUUUAUCUACGAGUUCAACGAAACAACGAAACACCAACAAUCAGCUUGGUGUGUGCCAAAACAAGAGUUGCACCACUGAAAAAGCUGACGAUUCCACGCCUGGAGCUAACCGCGGCCCUUCUGCUAACAAAAAUUGUCAGCUGGGCACAACGCACAUUGGAAAUCAACGGAGAGACAUACCUUUGGUCUGAUUCUUCUGUAGCUUUGGCAUGGAUCAACAGCCAUCCAUCGAGAUGGAAGGAAUUCGUUCACAAUAGAGUAACGAAAAUCCAGGAAGAGUUACCAACAGCCGUAUCGAGACAUGUUGGUGGGAUUUACAACCCUGCUGACUGCGCUUCACGUGGCAUUUCACCGAGUCAACUCAACGAACAUCACCUUUGGUGGAAAGGGCCUGACUGGCUAGCAAAACCGUCGUCAGACUGGCCACAAAAUACAACCAGUGCUCCAACGGAAGUCUCUCUUGAAGAGAGACCAGCAACAGCUCACCCAGUAGCUGCUGAAGCUAGGCAGCAUCCACUGACAGAGUUCCUGAACAGAUAUUCUACUUUAUCAAAAGUAUUACAAGUCACCGCAACGAUGAAUCGAGCCAUCCAACGACUUCGACGACAACCAACGCCCGAUUCAUCAGUAUUAACAACGAUAGAACUCAACGAAGCGAGGACAUUCUGGGUUAAGGUAACACAACACCAAUACUUUGAAUCUGUGUUUCAGAACUUGAACAGAGAUAUUCAACUACCUCGCCAACAUCCACUGGCCAAGCUCACCCCGAGAAUUGAUGAUCAAGGAAUUCUCAGGCUUGGUGGACGACUAAAGAACUCAUUGCUUGAUCCAGACGAGACUCAUCCAAUUAUCUUACCACGACAAUCUCGCCUGACAACGCUCAUCAUCAACGAAGCUCACCAGAAAACACUCCACGGAGGAGUUCAACUCACCAUGGCUCACAUCAGACAACGAUACUGGAUCGUUGGUGGCAGAAAGUCAGUGCACGCAUCAAUUCUGCGCUGUGCUGUCUGCACCAGAUUCAGGGCAACAAGAGCCCAACAGUUAAUGGGUCAACUUCCAACAGCCAGAGCAACGCCUUCAAGACCAUUCCUGCAUACUGGAGUGGACUAUGCAGGGCCACUUCCAAUCCUGAAGUGGAGACCAACGAACGCGCAACCAUCAACGGUUCAUAUAGCGGUUUUUGUGUGUUUCACAACCUCAGCUGUUCACCUUGAACUGGUCAACAGACAAACAACGGAUGCAUUUAUCGCAGCAUACAAAAGAUUUACUGGAAGGCGAGGCAUUCCAGCUAUCAUGUAUAGUGACAAUGCAACGACAUUCGAAGGAGCAGCCAACGAACUCAACAGACUAUACAACCAAGAAUCUCCAGAUAACCAACAAAUUAGAGCUGCUCUUGCUUCCAACGGAACCCAGUGGAAAUUCAUCCCACCAAAUGCUCCUCACUUCGGAGGCAAGUGGGAGGCCGCUGUAAAGUCAACGAAGUAUCAUCUACGACGAGUAUUAGGAACAACAACUUUAACAUACGAAGAGCUCAACACGAUCCUGAUACAAAUCGAGGCCUGUCUCAACUCAAGGCCUAUUGUUCCGAUGAGAGAUGACCCAGAUGACCUUCAGGCUCUUACACCAGGGCAUUUCCUCAUCGGAGAACCUCUUCAACUACUCCCGGAGCCAUCUCAACUCAACACAAAUAUCACACGAUCACACGAUGGAAUCUGGUGACCC